GUCACCAAUUCUGCAUGAUAUAAUGGAAUCCAAUACUACUUCUUAUCAUUGAAAAGUUGCAUAGAAACUGUGUAUAAAUACAAUAAUUAUUUCGUAAAAUGCACAUAAUUUGCGAAAGAAUAUAGCAAUGCGUCAUCAGUGCAGCUAUUACUCUACAGUUCACUGGUAAUACGCCGUUGGCAAUUCCAUCGUACUGUCCGAUUAAACUUCAAGUUUACACUAUGUCACCUGCUGCUUAUGUUAAGAAAUUCACAGAUGGAAUUUUUGAAUAAAGGCUCCUGAUUUCCAUUUCAUAAGAAUUCGUUCUGAACAUGGAAUGUACAGAAGAGGUAGAGGCAGCUGCAGUAUGUGCUGAAAUGAAAGACAUUGAAGAACCAAUAUUAACUUAUCUCCACCAUCAACCACCUGAAGAAAUAGAACAGAUUUUCAUUAAAGAGGAGAAUCAAUUGGAAACUCCUGAAGAUCCUGACACGCGUGACCCACUAGAGUUGGAGAGAGAUGAGGUUGUGUCGGAGGAAGAAACCAUUACUCCACCUGACGCAUCACACAUAAAAAAAGAACCUCAGGAGCUCCAGAAUGAUGUGGAUUCGACAAGCUGUGACAGUGAACCAGAAAGUGGACAUCUGAAGAGAGAAGUGAAGAGGACGCAACGUUGGAAGAGGAACAGAGGACCUGCAGAGAACAACAGAGUACCUCAAGUACACAAUAGAGCCUUCAAGUCAACCGCGGAAGAAGGCCAAAAUUAUCAACGUAUUGUCUUCGCCGGUGCAGAGGACGACAACAGAACUGAUGGCGGUGGCAGUUCAGUUAGUGGAGCGGACCUACGCACAGGAGUGGGCAGCACACAAUGCACCACGCUGCAGGAAGCACGCCCUGGGCGUAACGGUGGUACACGCCAUCUUGUGCAGAGCUGCGCCACCUUCAAGAAGACAUUUGCACGUGCGAAGGACAUGAAGGAGCACAAAAACAUGGACCGACGCGAAUUUCCGCAUUCGUGCAGCGUUUGUCACAAAACAUUCACAAGUAGCUUCAACCUGAAGACUCACUCCCGUUUGCACUCUGGUGAACGCCCAUAUAGUUGCGAUGUGUGUCACAAGACCUUCACAACCAGCAGCAACCUCAAGUCGCACUCGCGCUUACACUCUGGUGAACGUCCCUAUAGUUGUGAAGUGUGUCACAAGACCUUCAAGCAUCAAGGCACUUUGUUGAGUCAUUCGUUAGUGCACACAGGUGAACGGCCAUAUAUUUGUAAUGUGUGUCAGAAGACAUUCAAAAGGAGCACUUACCUGAAGCAACACCUGCGUGAGCACACAGGUGAUCGUCCGUACGUCUGUGGUGUGUGUGACAAGACGUUCAUUAGUCAGAGCAUACUGAAGAAACAUUCCCGAGUGCACACUGGCUUACGUCCAUUCACUUGUGACACGUGCCUCAAAACAUUCACAGAAAAAUGGCACCUUAAAAGCCACUUGGAGCAGCACACAGGGGGAAGAACCUACAGUUGCAGCAUUUGUGAAAAGAAGUUCUCGUCUUCCAAUAGCUUAAACAACCAUCUACGUUUACACAGUAGUGAACGUCUGUACAGUUGCGGCAUUUGCCACAAGGCAUUCAAGUGUAGAUCAACCUUGAAGAGUCACUUGCGAGUACACAGUGGCGAUCGUCCUUACAAUUGUGACAUCUGCCAUAAGGCGUUCACCCAAAGUUCGAGCCUGGCACGACACUUGCAACUGCACUCAGCUAAUGCCCAUCAGGCUGUGACGUGUAAUGGAAGAGGUUAAAAAUCACAUAUAGGGCACGUCUUACGACAUACCACAUCUGUUAUGAAAGACGAUGAAGCUGUAACAGUUCUUGCUGCUGCCUGCUGCACCUGACCAACACCACCAGGAAGCCAGUGCCGCUGCAAGUUUGCAGCAUUCGUUGCUUACUACAUAACCUAAGAGAACACAAUUCCUGUUAGUGUGUGUGAUGUGUAUUUUUGUAGCUGAACUAGUGAUCAGUAUGAAAAUAAAGUCCUUCUAACAGAUGGACCAUAAAGUGA